GAACAUGCAAAGCCACGUCCUGCAAACUCGCCCCCUUUACGAACAGCACACAAGCACAAAUCUGGCAGAGGUACUGAAGGAGGUAGUGUCAGAAUGGAAGUUGGAGAGGCCAGGUAACACAAUUCCAGUCACAACAGAUAACGCAAGAAACAUUGUCAAUGCAAUCAGUGAAGCUGGACUGGGCCCCCAAAUUGGAUGCUUUGCUCACACAAUUAAUUUAGCAGCACAAAAAGCAACAGGAAUCAACCAGGUGUCCAGGCUGCUAGGCAGAAUCAGGAGUGUUGUGUCUUUCUUCCACCGUAGCACAACAGCUGCACAUAUAUUGCAGUGCAAACAGGAGAUGCUCAAUGUGCCAAAACACAAACUCAUCCAUGAUGUCCCCACUCGCUGGAACUCCAGUUAUGACAUGGUGGAGCGGUAUCUUGAGCAGCAAGCUGCUGUUUACUCAGCAUUGACAGAAAAGACCCUCAAGAAAAACAAAAACAUUAAUACAUUGAGUGACCAGGAUGUGAGAAUGGCAGAGGAGGUAAUUGAGGUCCUUAAACCCCUAAAAACAAUUACAACACUGAUGUGCACUGAAACAACUCCAUCAGUUUCAAUGAUCCUGCCUCUCAAAACAAUGCUGAUUAAAUCCAUGGGACCAAAUGAGAAGGACUGUCCAACUGUGAAGGAAGUCAAAGCUGCCAUCAGAGGGAGCCUAAAGGACAGAUACACUGACCCUGCUCUUCAGGACUUUCUUCAUAAAUGCACAGCUGUAGAUCCAAGGUUCAAGGCCCUUUCUCAUGUGGAUAAUGCCUGCCGUGAACACAUCUACAACAGUCUCACCACAGAGAUUGUGGCCAUUGAAGAACAGAGGGAGGCCACAGAGACAGCAGGAGCCAUGUCAUCCGCAGGGAGAGCAGACCCAGAGGAAUCUGUAGAAUCCUCCUCCUCCUCCUCCUCCUCCUCCUCCUCCUCCUCCUCCUCCUCCUCCUCCUCCUCCUCCUCCUCCUCCUCCUCCUCCUCCUCCUCCUCCUCCUCCUCCUCCCAUCAGGAAGUCAGCCAUGGCAGAACUGUUUGGUGAGCUCUUCAACACUGAGGAGAGAAACAAGCCCACUUUGCAGCUGGUGAAGGGAGAGGUUACCUCAUACAUGGCAGCGGACAGCACUUCACUGGACUCCGACCCACUUGCAUGGUGGAAGAACAAUGAGGCCAAAUAUCCUCAUGUUGCCAUGUUGGCAAAGUGCUACUUGGCUGUAUCUGCUACCUCUGUCCCUAGCGAGAGGGUGUUCUCCACAGCAGGAGACAUUGUUAGUGCCAGCAGAUCUGCCCAAUGUGGACAAGUUAAUUUUUCUUUAAAAAAAAACUGAAAAUACAAUGAGAAGCAAUCUGCCGGCUAAUGUCAAUCUGCUGGCUGCUCAGGUCUGAGUACUAGUAUUACGAACAGAGUACUACAGUACAGUUCAAGCACAGAUUUCAGUUCAUCGAAAUGCUGCACUUUUAUGUUCAUUUUGUUUAUUUGUAGUUCACAGUUUAAUAAUAAUAAAAAAAAAUAUAUAUAUAUUUUAUGUUUUGUGAGAAUUUUUUCUGCUGUACCGAAAACGUACCGAACCGAACCGUGACCUAAAAACCGAGGUACGUACCGAACCGAAAUGUUUGUGAACCGUUACACCCCUACUGCCUAUACAUAAAUCAACAUACAAAUACAAUGAACUACAAGUCCACACUGAGAAGGAAACGUUCACUGUCUCCUUUGUCGCUUUCUCUUGGUGUUGCUGGACUUGCAAUUGUCGCAGUACCACGUUUUGGACCUAGGCUCCUUGGUAAUGCCAACGCAAGCCCAGUGGAACCAUUGGUGUGUGCAUUUGUCAUCAUCACACCCUAGCAUGGGUACAUUAUCUGCGGAGCCACACGAACAAUGACUCUGCUUGUUGCCAUGUUCAGUUUGCUUGGUACCCAGUUCCAACUUUCUGAACAACAGCUCAGGGCGAAUAUGUCCCUCCCGGAAUGCUGUUAAAACAGGCACAGAAGUUAGGGUGUACUCCUUGUCAGGGAAAACUGUGCAUACAUGCCCCCCAGUGGGCAGCCACACAAGGAAGUAGCUUGCACCAGUCACAUACAUUUGAUGUUGAGUUUGCGUGUAGUACUGGUGUGACUCCUUGAGCUCGAGAUUCUGGUCUAGACAACUGUCUUUCUCCUUGCUCAUUUCUUCUACACUCAUCUCACGAAAUUUAAAUGGGCACUUUAUCUCCAACACGCCCAUCCCAUGACACGAGCAUGGCAUCUGGAGAGGCAGCGAGAAAAGGCUGCUCCCUUUUGAUGAGGAGUCCACAGUUGUUGGCUUUGAGAUCACUGUGCACUGAAGAGAUGGCCCCCUCAGCAUACUGCUGCCUGGCAACUUGUUCAUGUUCGUUCCCCCACAUAAUUGCAGUCGUCUUCAAGUUUGAUGGCCUGUCACAACAUAUGGAUUUGAUGAGGUACUGUGACGGCUUUGUAGUGCUGGUGCGAAGAACAGAGUGGGAAACGGAUGAGGUGAUUCGACCAGCCCUCUGCUCGUACCACACCAAAGACUUGGACUGCAGCUUGGUGACAUUACCAAUAUGCUCCACAUCUUUGUGGUCAAGUUUCAUAGUUUGUGUGGCGGCACUGUACACCUCAUCAAGGGAAUUGAAACCCUCCACACCUCUGUAAAGGGGCCGCAGCCCUGGAGGGACUUUCUGUGAGGGUACAACAGCUUUCUUUGGGGUGAAGUUUGAAGAAGUCGAGCUGAAGAGGCUGAGCCCAACUGGCAUGACUGGGUUGGAGGCAGCAAGAAGGGACACAAGGAAGUCUUCAAAUCCAUCAGAGGAGACGGGUUGGGGGUCUGCUCGACGAGCUGGCGCGUUGUUGGCAACCACCUUCUCUUUGGGCUUAUCACCAUAGAAGUUGAUGUCGGCCACUCGAGCUGGUUGCACACCUUUCAUGCUUGCCUCGUUCCAUGUGCAGAGUACAUCAGUGCAGGCAGGAUCUCUUGCUCCGCCGACUCUGACGAUCAUCUCCACCUUGUAGAGCAGACCUCCAAUAUGGGAGCAUGACUCACCAAGCCACACACAUAAAUCAACGUAAAAGUUCAACAAACUACAAGUCAAUAUUCUGGCAUUGUUUUCUGUGAGAAAGACAUCCACCAAAGGUCAAAUGUUUUCAUAUUUCCAAUGAUGCCUAUGUAAUUGAAUUGUUUUCAAAGAACAAUAUACAACAAGAAUAUGUUCAUAGUAAAAAUGUAGUUUCUACAUACUGGAAUCUACAUACCCAGCUUUGCAGUCACAGUGAGCAGCAACCACAUCGCCACGCUGGGUAACGGCUGCCCAUGGAUGAUGAGGCGGUUCAUUCACACGGAAUGAUGGUGUCACGUCAGCUCUCAGGACACUAAGGGUUGUGUCAUCCGGAAUCAUAUGCCUCACUGUCUGCACCCAACCAGAUUCCAGCAGCUUGUAGGAGUCUAGUGCUUUAUAGUUCUUCAUAGCUUCUCUAGUGUGGACACCUUGUUGAAACACAAAGGUAAAACAUACACUGUCACCUUAUAAUUAAACAUCAAACAUAGUAGGAUAUACUACCUUUUGAUUUCACAGCUGGUAAGCAUCAAUGUAAGGCUUAACACAGUGACAAUAGCUACAAUACUGGUAGUACCAAAUUAUAUCAAUGGCCAAUGAUGAGGUUAUGUUUACAGUACAGGCCCUGGACUAGUCAGAAUCGGAAUACCUUUAUUAGUCCCACAGAGGGGACAUUUGCAUCGUUACAGCAGGAAAGAGCCACAGACAGCUUAAUGUUACCUAUGAUAAGAUAAAAGUACUAAGUUAUGAUAUAAUAAAAUAUAAUAAAAAACGUGAGAAGUAAGACAAAAAAAUACUUUCCAAAAUAAAAAUCCUGUAACAGUCUAGGUGUUGCUAAGCUUCCUGUACUGAAUAUCAUAGUCUAUUGCCUUAAUCAAUAUCUAGUCAACUCUAAAAUACCACAUAUAUGCAAUGGCAUGAUAAUAUUAUUGUGACAAGUGGGG